AUGAAGUUCUCUCUCGCCUUCGUCGCCGCUCUUCUCUCGGCCACCAAUGUCGCCGCCGCUCCCUCUGCCGAUCCUGGCGCCGUCUCCAUGAUGGCCGCUACUCCCCAGUGGACCAUCCAAAACAUGCAGCGCACCUGCGACAAGGGCGACACGACCUGCACCUGGAACUUCAAGAUCAACACUGGCAAAGGAACUCCGACGACUUGCAAGUACGUUGUCAAGGGACGUCCUGCCUCGCAGACCAACGGCGGCCCAGCCAAGUGCGGCACAUUCACCAUCACCUCUGGCUGGAGCGGUCAGUUUGGUCCUGGCAAGGGAUUCACUGUCUUGUCGGUUAUCAGCAGCAACAAGCAAAUCAUCUGGCCUGGCUACACCGAUAAGCAGCUCGCUAGCGGCAAGGUUGUGAAACCUGACCAGUCUUAUGCUCCCGCCAACCUUCCCAACUAA